ACUACACAUUCCCUAACAUUAAUAUUUCUGAUUUCGGCGGUUCUAAUCGAAGCAAGAUGUCCAACGAAUUGCUCCUGUUAUUUGGACUUGCGAGGAAGAAAAUCUGUCGAAUGUAAAGAGGGUGGAAUGAGUGGGCCAUUAUCAUUAACCGAAAUGGAAACCUCAGUUCAAGUCUUAAGAAUCACCGCUCCCGAUGACAAUUUAAACGCACUAACGAUGAGCCCCAAUAUUAGAACUUUUACCAAUUUGGAAGAGAUCCAUAUUACGAAAUCGAACGUUCCCAUUCUCGGCCAACAUUUCUUUUACGGAUUGAAACGAUUGCUUAUUUUGGAUCUAUCCCAAAAUAAUAUUACGCAACCUUUAGAUCACAAUUUUAAUGGAUUGAAUUUUUUGCAAGAACUUUAUUUGGACGAUAAUCGAAUUUAUUCGUUGCCCAGUGGAACUUUUCGAUAUUUAAAGGAGUUGAGGAUUUUAUCGAUUCAAAGGAAUAAAAUGCAAGAAAUGCCACCAAGCGUUUUUCAACAAUUAGAUAAAUUACAAGAGUUAAAAAUUAGUGGAAAUCUAUUUGGGGUUUUAAGUCCGGAAGUUUUUAAGGAUAUAAAGGGUCUACGAAAAUUAGAAUGUAGAGCUUGUGGAUUAUCCUCAAUCGACCAAGAAAUAUACAAAUUAAUUCCCGAUUUAAUCCACCUGGAUUUAGGUGAAAACAACCUAAAACAAAUCUCACCAAACGAAUACGAUUAUUUAACAAAAUUGAAAUCGUUAAAACUCGAUGGGAAUCAAAUACAUCGUUUAACAGGACCACACUUCCAAACGUUAUGGGAACUACGAAAAUUAAAUUUAGCGAAAAACGAAUUCAAAGAAAUAUCAAGAGGCGCAUUUAAAAACUUAACCAAACUAAACGAAAUCGAUUUAUCUUUUAACGAUUUUGAAAAAAUCGAUAGCGAUAUUUUCCAACCAUUCGAAAAUUCGUUAGAAAAAUUAAUUUUGAAUGGAAAUCAUUUGAGGCCGUACAAAAUUAAGCAACUCGUUCAAAAUUUAAAGGUAUUAAAAAAUCUUCAACUUUCCGAAUGUGGGUUGACUGAUUUCGAAGAAGAAAAUUUCGUCCCGGAAACUUUGUUAACAUUAAAUCUCGCCGGGAAUUACUUAUCAAUGAUUCCACCAGAAAGCAUCCCGUACAGUUUAAUUGAACUUGAUUUAUCAAAGAAUCGAUUUAAAGGAUUCCGAGAAGAGGUUAUGCAACGAAUCGAAAACACCCCAAAAUUAAAAUUGGAUUUAAAUCCUUGGUCGUGCGAUUUGUGCUACAUUUUUCCAUUAAUUUCCAGAGUUAACAAAAGCGAAAUUAUCCGAAAUUUACGUUGCGCGUCCCCGUUUCAUUUCGAAAACAAACAACUCGGCUCUAUACGCACAGAAGAAUUAAAUUGGUGUAGCACCCCAACUUAUCAACCAACAGACGCAAAUUUAUUCUUUUUAGGAGAUGAGAAUAAAGUAGGAAUAAUCGCAGCCGGAGCAUCCGUGGUACUUUUAGUUUUAACGAUUUUAUCGAUUUUGGGUGCUUUGAUUUAUUCCCGAAGACACGCUGCUAAAUAUUACACGCACGAAGAGAAACGAUCGCCGGAGAGAGAAUCAAUUUUUGAGAAUCAAACGCCGUUAUUUGAUGAUAAAGAGUUGAGUUUCAAAUUUCCUUUGGAUCCGCCAGUUAAGAAGAUCUCAAUCGCUACUAUUGAUGAGUUGAAGAAGGAACAAGAUUUAUUACAAGCUAAUGGGACGUGAAAUGGAUUUAUUUUGAAUUAACCCUGGUGAAAAAAGUAAAAGUGAGAAAACGAAGAAUUGACAUUGUUUUUAAUUAUUUCUAAAAAAAUUUUAAACUUUUUUGGUGUUUUUUCUGUUUAUUCUACGCGAAAAAUAGUUACUUAAUGCGAUUAUUGUGUGAGACGUAAAAAUGCGUAAAGAGAACUGAGUCAUUUAUAUAUUUAAUACAUACAGUUCGUGUCAAAAGUUAUCCUCCCGCCUGUCUCAUUUGAAAAAGAUUCGAAAUAUCGUCAUGAGCCAAAACACAUCGAUUUUUAUUUUUCAUUAGCCCAAAUAUUUUAACAUAAAAAAAGUUUGUAACUUUUGGUUUUGCCGCAAAAUGGGUCAAGAAAAUGGAACGUACUGUAUAACAUUAUGGUAUUUUCUGAUAAAGCUAAAAAAUACGAAUCCAAUGAUGCCCCACUUGCUCUUUAACCUGAAUCUUGUCCUUCAACAUUUAUUAGUUGAGGAUCAAGAACACUUUGUAAAAUAGCUUUAACCUUUAGUUCUUGCUCAGGUGAUUCGUUCUUAUCAAUCUCUACCCAUUCUGCAAUUUCCUCUUCAAAUAUAUUUUCUAGGUAUACCCCUGAUUACAUCUAACAUUUCACUUAUUGUAUCUAAGGUUUUUUCUUCACUGAUUUGAGUUGUUCCACCAAUUUCGGCGAAUACAUUUAGCCAUAGCUUCUUCCAACAGCAUUGUAAAGUAACUUCUUUUAUUCGAUACCAAAAGAGUAGGCUAGCAUAUACGGCAUCCUUGACAUUAUCUGUAGAAAGCCAGUCUCGUUAUAAUCAGAGUUUAAUAAGUCCUGAAGAAAGGAGCUUCUAUAAAAACAUUUAAAAUUUUGAAUAACCUCUUGAUCCAUAGGUUGGAUCAAUGAGAUAACAUGUGGAGGCAAAAAUUUUGCAAAUAUGUUACCAGAAAUCAACUCCGUUAUUGGCGGUUGUACUUUGCAGUUAUCUAAAAGAAGGAGGCCUUUGCUAUCUUCUCGCAGUUUAAGCUUUCUAAAGUUAUCCUUGACCUGUGGGACAAAGUGGUGUAAAAACCAGUCAUUAAAUAAUUCGGCAGUCAUCCAGGCAUUUUAUUGAGCAUCGUAAUUAACAUUAUAUUCCUAAAAGCCAAUUUUUAGGCAAUUACCUAUCUUUCUUUUUCUUAUAACCCUUAGCUGCCUUUCCUUCUCCAUCUAAACUUGUAGUCGGUAAACAACGAGCAGCUGACAGGUCGUCGUCUUUGUAAAUUUUGUCAAAUCCUUCCUUAUAGUACUUUGCAGAUUUUUCAUUUGCAGAUUUUGUCUCUCCCCUGACAUCAAGUUUUCGAAUUCCAUAUCGAAACCAAAAAUUUCUGCGCCAGCCGCCUGAAAAAUUACAGUUUCCCUCUGUAUUCAAAUUCUCUUUAAAUUUUUUAGCUUUUUCAAUAAUCACUGAACAGAUUUAUACCAUUUAUACAAGACGCUGUCUAGUUGCUCCAGCUUGGGUUUUCUAAAAGUUUACUCAGAUACAGAUUGAGAAACUUGAUGAGUUCGUCUUUUUAUUUUGUAAUGUCAGAAAUAGUUGAUGACCCAAUAUUAAAUUCAUUCAUCAAAACAUUUUUAUUUCCACCCUUUCCCAAACGUUUGAUGAUUUCCAGCUUCUGAUUAAUGGUGCGAGUAACUUGUUAUUUUUUCUGUUCAGAGUUUUUAUCACUUGGCAUUUUACCAUCUAUACAAGACGCUGUCUAGUUGUUCCAGCUCAGAUUUUCUAAGAGUUUACCUAAAAACAACAUUUUCAGAUACAGAUUGAGAAACUUGAUGAAUUCGUCUUUUUGUCUGAUAAUGUCAGAAAUAGUUGAUGACCCAAUAUUGAGAGUAACGUGUUGUCUUUUCUGUCCAGAGCUUUUAUCACUUGGCAUUUUGAGCAGCAAUCAGCUCCAGCAAUCCCAAACGAUUAUCGGACUAUUGAAUGUCGGAUUGACGGAAGUUUACAUUAUUACACAUUAUACAGGAUGAGAUUCAUUUUCGAAUUAUUAUUUUUUGUAUAAAUUGGUUCAAUUUACAAAUACCCAGGUAAUUAUUGGUGUCAGCGUACGAUGUUUGUUACUUUAUGGCUCAAUCUUUCAUGACGAAUUUUAUGUCUAGAACACACAACGCAUCGCUUUGAAAUUGGUUUAUUUCGUUCGUUGCAUGAGAAUAUACUUGGAAAAUACCUGUCUAUAAGGCUACUUCAAGGACGAAUUGUUUAACAAGGUUUUUUUAAUAAUCUGCUACAGAAAUCUUUGUUUUAGUGAUGUUCAUGUAUAAUGCUUGGGUAUUUAGUAUACUAUUACUCAAAAGGUGAAAAAAUACUUUUUUGUACCACUUUACCGACUUUCUAACUAACGCAGCAGAACUCAGCAACAUAUCUGUCUUGUCAACAGUACCAAUGAAUCGAUUAUAUUAGAUAACGUAAUCUGGUUUACUAACUUCUGCUUUAUGUACUUUUCUGACUACAUGUACCAUAUCAGAAGUUGGACAAAUUGUAAGUACUAGAAUAUCUCUUUUAUCAUAUCAUUUGAUGGCUAACAAAGUAUCGGUACAGUAAAUUUCACAACAUCCUUUAUACAGUUUGGCAUAAAUAGAUGGUAAAUUUUUCCAAUUAGCCUUGACAGCUCCACACACAGUAGUACCUUGCUUGCACAGAUGAUCAUAUAAUAUUCGACUUGUUUACCACUUGUCAGGGCAUAAGGUAUUACCAGAAUUCAAAUAACUUUUAAUCGACGUUAAAACUAUAUUUCCAGACUUCAUCUCUAUCUUCAUUUAUAUCUCGCCAUCGUUGUAAUCGAUACAUUGUUCUGCAGUUUCGCUCUGAAUGUCGGUAAAAUAGCGGUUAUUUCCUUGGACAAUAAUAUAAUUUACAAUAUUUGACGAGAAGAAACUUUUGAAACAAUUUAACACGGUACCGUUAUUUUUUCAUAAAUUUUCAUCUAGACACCCUAAAUUAAUUUGAGUAAAAACAUGUGGGUCUGGUACAAAAUCCUUCUUGAUCCAUCGAAAAUGUUUUCUAUUGUCUUCUUUUUGCAUCAGCUCUUCAUCGUCAUCUGCAUCAAUUUCUGCUAUUGAAUUACUGGUUAAAUUUGCAGAAAUAAUGGAAUUUUCAAAAUCAUCGUCAUGGUAGUCUUGGUAUCUAUCGCCGUUUGUAAUAAUUCUUCAUUCUCACUGCCAUAAUCAGAUGCUUGGACUAAAAUACUGUUGAUGUCUGGUUUCAACAACGACUUGAGGAUUUUUGUCAAACUCCAUAUGAUUAUUAUGAGAGUUGAAUACUCCAUUUCUGGUUUUUCUACUUCAGUGAACAGAAGGAUAAUAGGUAAAAAAUUAAGGCGUUCAACAGCUACUCGUAAAAACCAUUGACAGAACAUUUUGCGUGGUAAUUAGGAGGAGCGAGUACCCACUUGAACCGAAACUCUUCUCACACUUCUAUCUCCUUCGUACAUAAGAGUCCGUCUGGUAACAUAUAACUUUUUUCAAAAGACCCGGUUUCGUUUGGAUGAUGAAAACCCAUUUCAAACAUUACAUGUGAAAGCAGUUACCAGUUGGGAAAUGUUUCCGCACUUAAAAGCAACGUAUACUCAAAGCAUUUCCAUUGGCACGACCGUGCAUGAACACCAUAUCGGCCAGUUUAGGCAUUUGGAUAGUAACAUCAAAUUAAUUUAUGUUAAAACAACGUAAAUCACUUAGCAAGACAACUUGGCGCAAUCAUUAAGUAUUGAUUUGCGGACUCAUAUUCAUUAAGACUUUUCAACUUGUUUCGACUAAAAGUAAUAAAUAACUUUUUAUGCCAAAAUAUUUGGGCUAAUAAAAAAUAAAAAUCGUGUUUGGCUCAUGGCGAUAUCUCAAAGAAUUUUUAAAUUAUACAAGGGGGAGUUACUUUUGACGCUGACUGUAUAUUCCAAUAAAAAAGAAUAUUAAUUAUUAUUUUUACAUAUUUUUACGGCUCAAUCGUAUAUAUUUAUAUU